CACAACAAGUGUGUGCAUAUAAAUCGUUUUUUUUAAUCUUGAAAAGGCACAUCACUGCCGGGAUUUCAAGUCCACGCAUCUCUAAAUCGCGUGUGAACCACGCGCCUCUUCUGAAAUCGCGAAGUGGGUUUGUUCAUGUGUCCCAACCCAAGUGCCAAUCUGUAAGUUCUUCUGGUUGAAGUUUUCCCGCGCUUUUUUCCUUCUGAAGCCAUGUUAUGGAUAAACAAAAGCACCACACAGUUAUGGGUUUAUCCACCACAGCACAAUCAGAGCAAAAGAUCUCUCAGAAACCAAAAUGGUACCAUUUUCUUCAAACCAUCCUCAAGAACCCCUUUUGUAUCUUUCAAUUUUGAUAUUUCAUGUACCACCAUUAAUACCUCUGUGUCGCUCAACCAAACCCUAGAUCACAAAAAUACAGAUCACAACAGUCAAAUUUGCAAAUUUUGUGAGGUGGGAAAUCUGAAAAUGGCCAUGGACUUGCUUUGCAAGUCUCAAACUUCGGAGCUGGAUUCAAAGACUUAUUGUUUAAUCUUGCAGCUCUGUGCGGAUAUGAAGUCACUAAAUCACGGUCGUAAAGUUCAUUCCCUUAUUUCUUCGAAUGGUGUUGAAAUUGAGGGUGCGUUGGGUGCUAAACUUGUAUUUAUGUAUGUCACUUGUGGAGAUUUAGUAGAAGGAAGGCGGGUUUUCGACAAGGUUGCCAAUGAAAAAGUGUUUCUUUGGAAUUUGUUGAUGAAUGAGUAUGCAAAGUUUGGUAAUUUUAGGGAAAGUUUAUUUCUGUACAAAAGAAUGCAGGAGUUGGGCGUCGAAGCCAAUUCUUAUACAUUUUCUUGUGUUUUAAAGUGUUUUGCAGCUCUAGGAAGUGUAGAGGAAGGUGAAAAGGUUCACGGGUAUUUGUUGAGGUUGGGAUUUGGUUCUUAUAAUACAGUUGUGAAUUCUCUAAUUGCAUUCUACUUUAAGUGUAGAAGAAUCGAGAGUGCACGUAAAUUGUUUGAUGAAUUGGGUGAUCGAGAUGUGAUAUCAUGGAAUUCUAUGAUAAGUGGUUAUGUGGCAAAUGGCUUACCUGAGAAGGGAGUUGAGAUUUUCAAAGAGAUGCUAAGUUUGGGAAUUAGCGUGGAUUUGGCUACAAUGGUCAGUGUUCUUGCAGCUUGUGUAAAUCUGGGUACACUUCUGCUGGGUAGAGCACUUCAUACUCAUGGAAUAAAAGGUGGUUUCAACAAGAAAAUCAUGUUUAAUAAUACUUUACUGGACAUGUAUGCAAAAUGUGGUGAUAUGGAUGGUGCGAUUCGUGUUUUUGAGAACAUGGAAGAAAGAAGUGUUGUGUCAUGGACUUCAGUGAUUGCUGGUUAUGUUCGAGGAGGUCUGUCUGAGAAGGCGAUUGAAAUAUUCUGUGAAAUGAAAAGGGAGGGAAUUGACCCUGAUAUAUUUACUAUUACAAGCAUCCUCCAUGCUUGUGCUUGUAGUGGCUCAUUGGAGAAUGGAAAGGAAGUACAUGAUUACAUCAGAGAGAACAAUUUACAAUCAAAUCGGUUCAUCUCUAAUGCUCUCAUGGACAUGUAUGCAAAAUGUGGAAGCAUGGAAGAUGCUCUCUCUGUUUUCUCUCAGAUGCCUGCUAAGGACAUUGUGUCAUGGAAUACCAUGAUUGGAGGUUACUCGAAGAAUUCUCUUCCCAAUGAAGCACUUGAUUUAUUUGUUAAAAUGAAUCAUGAAUUAAAGCCCGACAAUGUAACCAUGACUUGUAUACUUCCAGCUUGUGCAAGCCUGGCAGCUUUAGAUCGAGGCAGGGUGAUCCACGGCUACAUAAUGAGAAAUGGGUUAUCUUCAGAUCGAUAUGUUGCCAAUGCACUUAUUGACAUGUAUGUGAAAUGUGGUGUUCUGGUUCUUGCACAAUUACUCUUUGAUAUGAUCCCUUUAAAAGAUCUUGUGUUGUGGACAGUUAUGAUUGCUGGAUAUGGCAUGCAUGGUUUUGGGAGUGAAGCUAUUGCGACCUUUAAUAAGAUGAGACAUGCAGGUAUCGAACCUGAUGAAGUUUCUUUUAUUUCUAUUCUCUAUGCUUGCAGUCAUUCCGGAUUGCUUGACGAAGGAUGGAGAUUCUUUAAUAUUAUGAAAAAUGAUUGCAAUAUUGAGCCCAAGUUGGAGCACUAUGCUUGUAUGGUGGAUCUCCUUGCACGUGCUGGGAAGUUACCAAAGGCAUAUACAUUCAUUAUAAAAAUGCCAAUUAAGCCAGAUGCCACAAUCUGGGGCGCUUUGCUUCGUGGGUGCAGAAUCUACCAUGAUGUGAAACUUGCAGAGAGAGUUGCAGAACAUGUUUUUGAACUAGAGCCAGAGAACACGGGGUAUUAUGUGCUCCUAGCAAAUAUCUAUGCAGAGGCAGAAAAAUGGGAGGAAGUGAAAAAAUUGAGGCAGAGGAUUGGCUGGCAUGGCUUAAGGAAAAACCCAGGAUGUAGUUGGAUAGAGAUCAAGGGAAAAGUUCAUAUCUUUGUUGCCAGAGAUAAUUCACAUCCACAGGCCAAAAAGAUAGUCUCACUAUUGAAGGAGACGAGAAUGAAGAUGAAGGAAGAAGGUUACUCCCCAAAAAUGAGGUAUGCUUUGAUCGAUGCAGAUGACGUGGAGAAGGAAGUGGCUCUUUGUGGACACAGUGAGAAGUUGGCCAUGGGUUUUGGGAUAUUGAACUUACCACCUGGCAAAACCGUACGGGUAACUAAGAAUCUUAGAGUAUGCGGUGAUUGUCAUGAAAUGGCCAAGUUCAUGUCCAAGAUGUUUGAGAGGGAGAUCAUUCUGAGAGAUUCCAAUCGCUUUCACCAUUUCAAGGAUGGGCAUUGUUCUUGCAGAGGUUUUUGGUGAACCAAGUGGGUGGUGGGUAUUGUGUGAAGGAGACAGUUUCCAAGUCUCACCCUCACACAGGUUGAUACUCCAGAAUUGAUCUGUGUAGAUAGUUGCAACAUGGAAGUGAUCAUAUCCUGAACAAGAGAAUCUAACAUCAGUCUCAUUUGGUUUUUUCAAUCUAACUUAGCAUCCAGGGAACAACCAGUUAUCAUGCUCUCCUGAUGAAUUUCUUGCUUCUUUCAGACCCUGGAGAUAGUGGAAACAUUCAAAGAGGCAAAGGUUUUUCCCCUGCUCUCUCCAAUAGAAAGCCUUGUCUAUUUGCUGCUCUGCACCGAGACAAAUAGGCUGCCAAUACAUAUAAGGCUGAUUAUGGGUCUGCCUUUAAUGAGGUAUCAUGAGAAUGAAUAUUGCAAGUUUUGGUGAUUCUAUAUUCUGAAUCUUUUCUGAUCAAACAUUUUCUUUGUUAAUACUUGUAGAAAUUCCUUGGAUAAAAUCGGCAUGCUCAAAAUUUUCAUGCAUUCUGGUUUUGGACAUUUAUGACAGCAUAAAGGAAAAGAACUUGAGUUAGUGGAGGCUAUUUAUUUAAUAAUAGACAAUUAGUUGAAGAGUAUAGGAGUAAGCAAAAGAAUCUAUCUAUAUAUGGUCUUCAUAGAUUUUGAAAAUGCAUAUGAUAGGGUGUUGAGU